AUGCUGGAGGACCGCAUUACUUACUCAGAGUAUCGAACUUGUACUAAAAAAGAAAAUUCGAAGAGUCGCACUAAAUUAAGGCGGGUUUUGACGGAAACUAAACGAAAGGCUUUGGAAACGAUUGAAUUAAUUAAUUCUAAGGAUACAACGCUUCCAAUUUCUUACGAGGAUUUCAAUGAAGGUGUCUUUCCUUGGGAAACAGUUCUGGAUCGGGAUGACACGCACUUUCCCACACUUUCCCUUGCCGACAAAUAUAAUAUUGUUGAUUGUUGGAUGCUAUUGAAAAGAGCAAGGGAGGAAAUUACAUUGAGUAAGAAUGAAAUGAUAAACUACAUGCGAUUCCUCAUUGAUAAACGGUCAUCACUACAACAACCAAGUCAAAAACAUACCGGAGAAGACGAGAAAUUUGCGAAAGGGAAAUCCGUCAUGAAAGUUUCUGAAGUUCAUCAUCUUAAUUUAAAAAUUCAAAUGGCUCUAACAACAUUUAAUUUAAAGUGCAACCAGGAUUUUUCAGAUUUCGUAUGUGAAACACAAACAAAUCAUUCUGAACCAGAAUUUGAGUUUGACACAUCUGAUGAAGACAAUUACGAUUCUCUCUCAGAAUCCGAAUAUUCUGAUGAAGAAACAGAAAGCUCAUCUAGCUAUUCGGAAGAUGAUGAAUCUGCAAUAUAAUUUAGAAUACAAAUUGCAUAAUUCUUACUAAAAGUUAUGAAAAAUAAAUGUUCGACUCUUUUAAA